AUGCACACUCAUCUGCUGCUAGUGGUCCCAUUCCUUUAUCUUGGGCUUCAAGUCCUACUCAAGCUUAGCAGAGCCAUCUUCUCCCCACUUAAGCAUGUCCCUGGUCCGUUCUGGACUCGAUUCACCAAUCUAUGGUAUUUCAAUCGAGCUCGCAAAGGCAAAUUUGAACAUGACAAUAUCCAUCUCCACCAAAAGUAUGGUCCUGUUGUCCGGAUUUCCCCUGAUCAUUAUAGCAUCAGCGAUAUUUCCGCCGUUAAAAUAGUCUAUGGAACUGGCUCCAAAUUUCCCAAGUCUGCAUGGUAUGAUGGCUGGAAACAUCCUCAGCAAUGGAAUGUAUUCUCUGAUCGAGAUAUCAAGAGACAUUGUCAGUUGGCAGAUUUCUUUUCUGAACAUCUUGUUAAGUCCCAAGAACUAGCUAACAUUGUUACAGCUGAAACUCGAAAGAGAUUCACGAGUCUAUAUUCCAUGAGCUCCGUGAUAAGCUAUGAGCCAUUUGUGAAUCGCUGCAUUGAUAUAUUCUUCCAAAGACUGGAGGAUUUUGCAGAUCGAAAGCACUUCUUUGAUCUCGGGCACUGGUUCCAGUGCUAUGCAUUCGACGUGAUUGGUGAUAUCACUUUUGGUCAGAGAUUUGGGUUCUUGGACCAAGGCGAUGAUAUCGACGGUGCCAUCAACGCAGUGCACCAGGCAACGGUCUACGGGACCCUAAUCGGGAUUUACCCCGAAUGGCACCCACGACUUUUUGAGACCCUGAGCAAGUUCAAGGGGUCCGGAGCGAAUGGCAGGGCCUAUAUUGCCAAGUUUGUUCGCGACAAGAUCGGUCUUCUUGAGCAAGAGCGCAACAAUAUGGAUAAACCAGCCACGGAGACACCCAAGACGCAAGACUUUUUGACAAAAAUGAUGCAGGCCCGCGAUCAAGACCCGGAGAAGGUAACGAAUUACCAUCUUCAGAUCAUGGGUCAAUCCAAUGUAGCUGCUGGAUCCGACACAACAGCCGUCAGUUUGUCGGCUAUCAUGUGGUAUCUCCUGAACAGCCCGGAUGCACUCCGCAAGCUACGAAGGGAAAUCCAUGAACUUACCCAACAGGGUCGGUGUAGUGUCGACAUCACCUUUAAAGAAACCCAAGAAAUGCCGUAUUUCCAAGCUGUCAUGAAGGAGGCUCUUCGCUUGCAUCCAGCCACGGGUCUACCCAUGUGGAGGGUGGUCCCUGCGGGCGGGGUGCAACUGAGUGAUCGGUUUUUCCCUGAGGGCACAGUGGUAGGAAUAAACUCCUGGGUUGCACAUUAUAAUGAGCAAGUCUUCCCUGAUGCCAAGGCAUUCCGGCCGGAAAGAUGGCUGGAGUCGGAGACUGAGCCGGAGAAGAUGAAGGAGAUGAACCAGAUGUAUAUGCCGUUUGGGUUGGGAUCGAGAACGUGUCUUGGAAAGCAUAUCGCCAUUCUUGAGAUGUCCAAGUUGAUCCCCCGCUUAGUGCGCGACUAUGAUUUGACCCCAUUGCGAGAUACCAUGGAUACUUCCAACUUUUGGUUUGUGAAGCCGACGAACUUUGACGUACGUGUCUCCCUACGAGCUCAGGGGUCUUUCGAGUGA